AUGGGCUCUGAAUCCAUUUUCAACAAAAUCUGCAACGAUACGGAUAAGCAGAGCGGAGACAAAGCAAGCGAACUGCUGCAGAGGGCAAACUACAUAAGAGAUGUCAACGGCUUGUAUAACCUCCUUCCACUUGGGUAUAAGUCGAUCGAAAAGAUCAUCAGCUUUCUAAAUACCCACCUGAAGAGAGUCAAUUCGCAUUGUCUUUUUAUGUCCAUUCUGCAAGCCAAAAAGUGGUGGAACAUUUCAGAUCGCUCCAAACUGUAUAGCGAUGAAUUUUUACACGUAUACAAACAGAAGCAGCAAAAAGGGGACAGCAACAAAGGCACUGAAGCGGUAAUGGGGAAAAAAAAAAUGGAAGAUGAUGGGCUGAUCCUAAGUCCCACAUGUGAAGAACAGGCAAUCUCCUUAAUCAACCAAGUGUAUAACGAAAACAUACCAGCGAAAUCACUUCCCUUGUUAAUCCACCAGUUUAAUUAUAAAUUUAGAAAUGAAAAGAGGUUAGAAAAAACGCUGUUCAAAAGCAAAGAGUUUUUGAUGAAGGAUGGCUAUUCCUUUCAUAGCAAUGACAUUUGCCUGAGUGAAACUUACGAAGCAUAUAAAGAAUGUUAUGAAAAAGUGUUCUCCCAUUUGAAGUUACCUUUUAAGGUUACAAAAAAAAGGAAAAUGGACAAAAUGAAUGCACUUGAAAGUCACGAGUUUCAGGUGCUCUGUCGGGAUGGGAAGUACAAAGAGGCUGCACACAUUUUCAAAUUAGGAGAUUACUACUCCAGGAAGCUGGGCAUCAAAUACUUAAACAAACGGAAUGAGAAAAGUAACAUUUUUAUGGGUUCCUACGGAAUUGGCAUUUACAGACUGCUCUACUUUCUGGUCGACUCCUUUUACGACGGCGAGGGCAUCCGGCUGCCUGCGCAGGUCGCCCCCUUCUCCGUCUACCUCAUUCAGACCAACCAGAGGAGCAAGUACUCCGCGGCCAAGGUGGCAAAAAUUGGCAAAUUGGCCCAGGCGAACGAGGCGGUCCAAGCGGUGGAGGCGGUCCAGGCGGUGAACUCGCCCAACGUGCCCAGCGCGCCGACGCCCCCCCUCAACAGCAACGACGUCGAGUACGUCCUCACGCUGUGGCUGUACAACUCCUUUAAAAACAGCGACGUGGACAUUUACUACGACGACACGGAUUUGCACCUCUCGCGGAAGCUGAAAAAUUGCGACUUGAUAGGGGUCCCCAACCGAAUUAUAAUAAACCUCAGCAGCGAGCAAAAAAAGAUAAAGCUCCCCCCCGAUUUUUAUAACUACAUGGACACUCCGAAUGCUAUUUUUUCCAACAAGCUCUACAUGACCUUUCGGGACGUCACCGUCGAGUACAAAAGUCGAUUUUCCCCGGAAAAAAAAAUUAUGACAAUUCACCAGUUGUUCAGGCAGUUCGGGCUCAUUUAG